CCAGAGAAACUUAGCAACUACCACUUUCAGAGAUCAAAACUUGCUGUCUAAAAUGAUUAAGAUAGGCUAAUUCUAUGGCAUCGUUUGCAGUCUCUUAAUUAAUCCAAUCUUUCACUUCAUUUUACUCUCAAUCUUUCCAAGCAAAGAAAACAUUCUUACUCUUUCUUGGAUCUCUUUGGGGUAUGUUUAUCACUUGGGAAAGAAAUGGCAGGAUUCUUCUAUCUAGGAGGGAGAGACAACAUCAACAACAAGCAAGAUCAUCAUCAAGUAGACAAGGAUCAUCAUCAUCAACAAGACAAGAGUAAUUAUCUUUAUCUUUACAAAGACGAGAUCUAUAACACCAACAAGGGUUUCGAGAUUUGGCCUCCACAAUACUUCCAACAACAACAAGAACAACAACAACAACAACAUGUCACAGCUUCUACAAACUUAUACUCCUUCGGAAUGGUCCCAAGCAGCAGCAACAACAAUAACCGGAGCCGGAGCUUAUACUUCAACGUAGUCUCCGAUCAUGAGCCGGGAGGGUUCACGGUGACAAGACAAGGAGGUAUGAAUUGCCAAGAUUGUGGGAAUCAAGCUAAGAAAGAUUGUCCUCAUAUGAGAUGUAGAACUUGUUGUAAGAGUCGAGGCUUUCACUGUCAGACACACGUUAAGAGCACUUGGGUUCCUGCUGCUAAACGCCGUGAGCGUUUAGCUCAACUCGCUUCCUUGCAGCACCAUUCAGCCACCAGCCGUGAAACGCAAAACGCAAAAGCAAAACGCCUACGAGAAGCUAAUGGUGGUGAUAAUGAUGAUAAAGACCAAAGUGGUAGUGGUGGAUCGGCUCUUGCUACACGUUUGGUAAAUGCUAAUUCUCAUUCAGGGUUUGAGGUGAGUCAAAACUUACCACCGGAAGUUAGCUCACCGGCGGUUUUCCGAUGCGUUCGAGUGAGUUCGAUAGAGGAUGAUGAAGAUGAUCAAGAAUAUGCUUAUCAAACGGCUGUGAACAUUGGAGGACAUUUAUUUAAAGGCAUUCUUUAUGACCAAGGACCAGAUCAAGAACAUCAUCACCAACUUGACCUCCUUACCUCCACUGCCACAACCACCAAUGCCGAAGAGACAGCUGCUAAAACGGCGGUUACUGUCGCCGGAAACAAUAACAAUGGAUUAUUGAUCGAUCCUUCGUCGCUUUAUCCGGCUCAAAUGAACUCUUUUAUCUCCGGUACGCCAUUCUUCACACCUCCGAGGUCUUGAGUAUCAGACUAAGUUAUUUAAUACUUGCAACGUUAUAAUAAUGAGACAUUUCUUUUCUCUUGUAUUCGCAUUAGUCUUGAAAUUUGGUGCAAUUUGUUAGAACUCUCUUAGCUAGGUUGCUACUUGGUUUGGUGGUGAUGAUUAACAUGCACAUCGUACGCGCGUCUGUAUCUUUCAAGAAAAUCAAUGAGAGUUGUAUUAUUAUUCUAGUUUCAAAGUUUGAUCUCUUAAUUUAUGGUUU